AAGAGCCGGCGCGAGGCCGGGCCGACGGGUGAAGGGGACUCGUGCGCCAGAUGCCGCCAUGCCCGGGGACAACCGCCGCAUCCGCGGGCCCGAGGAGUCGCAGCCGCCGCAGUUGUACGCGACCGACGAGGACGAGGUGCCGGCCGCUCGCGACCCGACGCGGCUCCGGCCUGUGUACGCGCGCGCCGGGCUGUUGAGCCAGGCCAAGGGCUCGGCCUACCUGGAGGCGGGAGGCACCAAGGUGCUGUGCGCAGUGUCCGGCCCACGCCAGGUAGAGGGCGGUGAGCGCGGUGGCGGCCCGGCCGGAGCGGGCGGCGAGACCCCGGCCGCGCUGCGGGGCCGCCUGCUCUGCGACUUCCGCCGCGCGCCCUUCUCGGGCCGCCGGCGCCGCGCUCCCCCGGGUGGCAGCGAGGAGCGUGAGCUGGCGCUGGCGCUGCAGGAGGCGCUCGAGCCGGCCGUGCGCCUGGGCCGCUACCCGCGCGCGCAGCUCGAGGUGUCGGCGCUGCUUCUCGAGGACGGCGGCUCGGCGCUGGCCGCCGCGCUCACGGCUGCCGCGAUCGCCCUGGCCGACGCGGGCAUCGAGAUGUACGACCUGGUGGUGGGCUGCGGCUUAAGCCGCGCGCCGGGGCCCGAGCCCACCUGGCUGCUGGACCCCACGCUGCUAGAGGAGGAACGCGCCGCCGCCGGCCUCACCGUGGCGCUUAUGCCGGUGCUCAACCAGGUGGCCGGGCUGCUGGGCAGCGGGGAGGGCGGCCCGACCGAGAGCUGGGCGGAGGCCGUGCGCCUGGGUCUCGAGGGCUGCCAGCGCCUCUACCCCGUUUUGCAGCAGUGCUUAGUACGGGCCGCCCGCCGGAGGGGCGCCGCCACGCCGCCCUGAAGCAGAACCCUGAGCAAGGACGGACGCCGAGGACAGCUGCCGCUGUCCCCGAAAGGACCUGCACCGUCGGCUUGCAGACUGCGUGCGCCAAGCUGAGAACUCGGAGCACGGGAGAGGAUCUAGGGAGGCGUGCUCAGAACUGAUGCACUGGACAGCUGUGUUGGGAUGAUAUUUUAAAAAAACUGUUCCGUUAAAGGAACUUUUCGAAUUGAGUUGGCUUCCAGCCACGACUCAGGUGAAGAAACCUGCGAAUGCAGCUUGACCCCCCCCCCCAAGUUGGAAGGGACUUCAGCUGGACUUACCUGGAAAGUGGAACCUGGAGCUAGUGUCUCGUAAGGGAUGGACCCUAUGCAGGCCAGCCAGUGACCCCCUCCUAUAUUAUUGGGCUGCUUUUGAGAGAAUGGACAAGGGGCCUGUGCUUUCCCACUUAAUAUCUGAGCUAAAACAAAAACUCUUUUAUAUCUGGAAAAUUCUGUUGUUCUUGAUACAGGAUUUAAGAGAGCAAGGCUCUUCCGAGCUGGGUAGUGUGUUCUCAGACUCCUGGUGUCAAGGGCUUGGGACAGCAUUAUAUGUGUCCUGGGUCCCUCAUCUAGUCUUGGCUCCUGGGAGAGGGCACUUGAAUUGCCAGGAGUGAGAGUUUCUGGAUGUUGGAGAUGGAGUCUGGCCAUUUUGUAGGGCAGAGCUGGCCUGUCUGACCACAAGGGUAAGAUCUUCCCUUUGUGGCUCCUGAGUCCUGCAGGUUUGUGCUCAGGUCUGGUUUGGAGAAAAGCGGGGCAGCUUGGUGCCCUUUCUGCCCUGGCUUGGUGUGAGCUUCUGAGCUUGUGUGUCUCGGGCCUGCUCAGCUUCUCUAGGAAGGGUUGGCCUGGGACAGCCAAAGGGCCAGAAUAAGGCUUGGAGACCACACCGAGAACCGCUGAUCAAGAGGAAAAAAAUAUAAAUUUUAUUUCCCCCCAGUGACAUAAUAUAUAUUUCCAAAGCAGAUCUGAAAUACAUGGUAUCACAUCAGCAAGAAACAAGAUAGAAAUGACACAAAAAGGAUACCCCUAUUGACACCCAGACAGGACUGAGGGCUUUGAGAGGGAGAAGAGCCGCUGGAACAGUACCUGCAGUCAGAGAGGACUGAUGGUGCUGCCGGGUGGGCCCCGUUCAGCUGCCCCUUCGACGAGUGGGCCUCAGCUUUCUAAGAAUGGUGAGCUGGUGCUGGGCAGUUGCAGCCUCUUCCCUUCCCUGCCAGUCCCCAGACUGUCAUCUGGAAACAUGACCAAAGCUAAAGCCAGCACUUGGGGGGAGGCUUCCUGGCUGGUCUGGCUGAGCCGUGCCUCCAUUUCUGUUGCCCUUGCUCCAGAAUGGGUUGCAUGGGUGCCACUGAGAGGCCUUUGGAAAAUCACUCAAGGCAAGGAAAGGAACCACUAGGGAAGGUGCCUGGAGCUGAUGAGCCUGGAGGGGUUACAACCUUCUACUGGCUGUCUUCCUGGUCUGCUGCAUGAUUCUUCACCUGUAGGAGAAGCAGAAGCAGGACUCUAGCCCCAAGGGCUGAGAGGUGUGGAAUGGCUGGGAAAGGGAGGGCCAUCUGCUAACAACUCCCAGUCUCUCACCCCCACCUCCCUUUCUUGGCAGCUUUAACAUCUCAGUGCUACUGUAGAUUCUUCCUGAGACUUGGGAACGGACCCAGGACCACCAGACAGAAGAAGGCAUUUUCUGCACCUACCCCAGUCUUUUCCUAGAUGUGAUACAGUCUUGGGCAGCAGUUGACAUUACAUGGUGUCAGAAGUGGGAUCCAGAGAUGCCCUCUAAUGACCUGGAGGCUGGUGAGCAAGCAGGUGUUGGUACCCAUGAAGUUCAUUGAGCUCACUGCUUUCUUGUCAACCCUGGAGUUUGAAGCUAAGUUUUUUCCUGAAUCCAAGCUCUGCUCUCUUUGCAUUUUGAACUCUCCAGCUUUACUGGAAUCUGUUUUCAUGAAGCUUUCUGAGCCCCUGUUGAGUUCCCUGCUGCGUAGGAUGCCAGAACUGGAGACUGUGGAGAUCAUGAAGUUGGUGAAUUGCCCCGAGACCUUCACCCCGGACAUGAGGUGCAUCAUGGGCGAGUCCCCUUCAGUGCGGGGCUACUUCGUCCUGGCGGGAAUGAACUCUGCUGGCCUUUCGUUUGGUGGAGGAGCUGGAAGAGCCCCUGUUGAGUUCCCUGCUGCGUAGGAUGCCAGAACUGGAGACUGUGGAGAUCAUGAAGUUGGUGAAUUGCCCCGAGACCUUCACCCCGGACAUGAGGUGCAUCAUGGGCGAGUCCCCUUCAGUGCGGGGCUACUUCGUCCUGGCGGGAAUGAACUCUGCUGGCCUUUCGUUUGGUGGAGGAGCUGGAAGAGCCCCUGUUGAGUUCCCUGCUGCGUAGGAUGCCAGAACUGGAGACUGUGGAGAUCAUGAAGUUGGUGAAUUGCCCCGAGACCUUCACCCCGGACAUGAGGUGCAUCAUGGGCGAGUCCCCUUCAGUGCGGGGCUACUUCGUCCUGGCGGGAAUGAACUCUGCUGGCCUUUCGUUUGGUGGAGGAGCUGGAAGAGCCCCUGUUGAGUUCCCUGCUGCGUAGGAUGCCAGAACUGGAGACUGUGGAGAUCAUGAAGUUGGUGAAUUGCCCCGAGACCUUCACCCCGGACAUGAGGUGCAUCAUGGGCGAGUCCCCUUCAGUGCGGGGCUACUUCGUCCUGGCGGGAAUGAACUCUGCUGGCCUUUCGUUUGGUGGAGGAGCUGGAAGAGCCCCUGUUGAGUUCCCUGCUGCGUAGGAUGCCAGAACUGGAGACUGUGGAGAUCAUGAAGUUGGUGAAUUGCCCCGAGACCUUCACCCCGGACAUGAGGUGCAUCAUGGGCGAGUCCCCUUCAGUGCGGGGCUACUUCGUCCUGGCGGGAAUGAACUCUGCUGGCCUUUCGUUUGGUGGAGGAGCUGGAAGAGCCCCUGUUGAGUUCCCUGCUGCGUAGGAUGCCAGAACUGGAGACUGUGGAGAUCAUGAAGUUGGUGAAUUGCCCCGAGACCUUCACCCCGGACAUGAGGUGCAUCAUGGGCGAGUCCCCUUCAGUGCGGGGCUACUUCGUCCUGGCGGGAAUGAACUCUGCUGGCCUUUCGUUUGGUGGAGGAGCUGGAAGAGCCCCUGUUGAGUUCCCUGCUGCGUAGGAUGCCAGAACUGGAGACUGUGGAGAUCAUGAAGUUGGUGAAUUGCCCCGAGACCUUCACCCCGGACAUGAGGUGCAUCAUGGGCGAGUCCCCUUCAGUGCGGGGCUACUUCGUCCUGGCGGGAAUGAACUCUGCUGGCCUUUCGUUUGGUGGAGGAGCUGGAAGAGCCCCUGUUGAGUUCCCUGCUGCGUAGGAUGCCAGAACUGGAGACUGUGGAGAUCAUGAAGUUGGUGAAUUGCCCCGAGACCUUCACCCCGGACAUGAGGUGCAUCAUGGGCGAGUCCCCUUCAGUGCGGGGCUACUUCGUCCUGGCGGGAAUGAACUCUGCUGGCCUUUCGUUUGGUGGAGGAGCUGGAAGAGUUGACCAGAGAGUAAAGUGUUAGCUGUGCUGCUGGAAGACCCUUCACUGAAACGAGCUGCAGAAGCUUUCGACCCUACACCCAUCUGUUGAAGGUGCAAAAUGAUUCUUCAAUUGCAUAUGCUGAGAAGAUUGUGGAGCCCCUCUCCCAAGACAGCACAAGUGGUGAUAACAUCAUUUCAGAGAGAAGAAAAAAGUACCAACCACCUAAAACGAGUCCAGCUACUCCUUGAACAAUCCCUGCAACCUCCAGGGAGAGAAAAUGUGGAGAGAUGUCUGGAAAAAGAAGACGGAAAGCAGACCUUGGGCUCAGGUAACAUACGCUCUCCACACUGGGAACUCUCAAGGGACCCAAGUGGGUCAUCUCUGUGUGGAUCUGUGUCUUUUGUGCGGGGGAAGCAACCCUGGGGUCCCAGUAGCUCUCUUCAACUCAGUGUGGCCACAAGGUUUAGUUACUCAGCCAGGAUGCUUGUCCUGCCUCCCCCGCCCUAAGGGAGAGAGCGUGCACUGAGCCAGUGGGCCUCCUAUGGAAGGGACACAUGUGGCUGAACUGAAAGUCACAUGUGCUCGGAGAAGAGGAACAUCAAGGUGGGGUGACUGAACUGUGAGUAGCUGAAAGAAAAGCAGCACUGUUUCAUAGAAAACUCAGCAUCGCUGGAGCUUAGUUUGAGGUUAGACCCUUUCAGCUAGGAAAAGCAACACUAAAGGCAACAUGGUCUUUCCCUUUCAAACACUGUGGCUUAUUUGUUUAGUCGGUUAAAUAAACCACAACCCCUCUCAUAAUAGAGAUUAGCAAGAGAUGAAGAAAAUUAUAGGCAGGUGGCCCUAGCCCAACAGUCUGAUAACUGGGUCACAGUCUGAUAACUGGGUCAGUAGGGAGGCCCAGGAUGAACUAAUCUGUGCUAACCCCAGGUAACGCCCACAUGAUGCCUCUCAUCAGCGAGGUAGAUGGUCAUCCUCCUGCUAGAGGUAUCAGGGUGCCGACCCACAGCACAAAGGGAUGGGAGAAGGACCUGCCUGGCUAAAAGGCAUAAGCUAUUCCACACGGCUGUAUCACACAGACAGCAGCUAGCCAGAAUUCACAGGUUACUCGAGAAAAUUUAGCCCCACAGAGAGGGACUCUUACCCUGAGGCCUGCACACCACAAGCCUCCCUUGCUUCAAGACCCAGCAUUAAGUGAGGCUGUCACUGUAACCCACUUCCACAAGUGGAGUCUGCCUCUGUCCUGCCUUCCUGUCCCCACAGGAACCUGAGAUGGGGGGAGGGAUGACCAGCCCAGAGUGAGUAUCAGGAGAUGGGAAACUGCAGAAGGAGGGAGGAGAAGAUGGAGGGACAAGAGAGGGUGCAAAGGAAAAGUUUUAAAUGCUUAAAAUUAUAUCAAGGGAAAAAAAAAUUAUAUCAAGGAGAUAAGAGGUGGGAGGCAAAGGUUAAAUCAAGAAGAGGGAUGGGAUCAGGAAGUGGAGCUCCUAAGAUGACUAGAAGGUGGGAAGGUGGCGGGACUGCCUGGCAUUACUUCCCGUGCAAGUCACUGAGCUCCACGUCAUCCUUUCGGCGCUUAUGGGUGAAGAGGGAGGUGACCGGGUAGAGCUUGGCCUUGGCCUGGAACCGGUGUCCUGCGAUGUCAAUCUCAUAUUCUCCCCGGUUGAUGAAAUCUGCUGUCACCACCUGCUCUUCUCCGGUGUCCUCGGAAAAAUUGUGCACGAAGCCCAGGCACACGUGGCGCUCCAGGGUGUAACCAUAUGCGCUGCUGGUGGUCUUGCCCACGUACUGCCCGUUUCGGUAAAUGGGCUCCCCCCACCAAGGCCAGAGGUCCAGGUCUGUGUCGUGGUCGUCCAGGAUGAACAUAGUGAAGCGUUUGUACACCCCGUUCUGCUUCUGCUGCAGCAGGGCAUCUCGCCCAAUGAAAUCCAUCCCCUAGGAAAGAGCACAGAGACAGCAUCACUGCUUGGGACCCGGUGUCACUGCAGUGGGCUGCCCACUCCCCACCACACCCCUGCAAGCUCUGGAGAACGUGUGCUUCCCCCAUGCGGAAAACUGCAUUCACAGUAUGAAAGACACCUGCAGAGAAUUCUUGUAACAACACAGGUAAGCAUCACUCUCUUUUCUAUUUUAUAAACACAUUUCAAUCACAAGACCACACAGAACAAAAAUAGGAAGAAAAAUCAACACUUGAAAAUGCUUGCUAGAAUUAUUGUAAAAAAACAAUGUUUUUAUAUAAUCUCAAGCAGCAGUCCAUGCAUAUAUAUCCAUAUUCUAUGCAUAAAUAUUUACAUAUAUGCAUAUGUCCAAAAAAGAGCAGGAUAAAAUAAACUCUUAAUGCGUGUCGCUGAAAAAAUAUUCUUUAUGUUUUUCCCUAUUUUCCAAAUCGAGUAUUCUUUACUUUUAUAUCAGAGAAAAAUACUUACCUAAUUGCUCAAAAAGAACAUCAGAGAUCUACUAUACUGAUAGGGAAUGACUGUUAAGAUAUUUUAAGUGAAAAAGGCAAGGUGCAAUAUACCAAGUAUACAGUAUCCAACCACCAAGGUUAAGAACGUGGUGAGGGGAAAUUACUCAUCUGUUUGCACUGCAUGGAAGCUCUCUACAAGGAGAGGCAGGACACUGCUGCUUCUGGUCAAGCUGGCAGUGGGACUGGGUGGGCUCAGAGGUGGGAAAGAGCCUUUUCAUCCUCUUGAAUGGUGAUUACGAAUAAAUUAGGCAGUUGAAUGUAAAGUGACUCAUUUGUACAUGUGGCAUAUUAAUGAAUUACCACAAUCAACUCAGAAAAACUGCCCAGAAAGCACUCAGGCUAAAAGAGAACAAAGUGCCCCAAACAAGUGUUGUCUAUUUAUGAUGUUUCCAUAUUAAGUGUUUUAUCCCAUAGAUACAUUUGGAGGUCUCAACACCUAUACACUUUUGCUCCCACCUCAGCUCUUCCUGUUCUCAUGCAGGCUCCCUGCUCAGGAAGCUGAGGGCAGAGUGGAGUGUGCAUAGGUACAAUACCUUGUCUAACUUCACCCGAGACUCUCGUCCGCAUUCCAGGGGUGUGGUGAGGGUGUUUAAAUCCUGACCCCAGAAGGCAAAAAACUUUUCAAUUCGGAGACUACGAAGAGCAUAAUACCCAGCAUUCCGGAUUCCAUAUUUCUGUCCAACACUCAUCACUUCGUUGUAUACGUGCAGGGCGUACUAGAGGGAGAGACAAAAGGUCAGUAACCAGCAGACCAGAAUUAAACACGGAAUCUGUCUGGCUGUGCCUGACGGCUGACACUGUUACCUGGACAAGGGAGAAGGUUGUCUACAAUCCUCAGGAACCAAAGUGCUGCAGCCCAGGCUUAAGCUCCACGAAAGCAGCACCUUUACCUUUUUACUUCUCUAAAAAGUCUAGGAUCUCAGUAUAUAGCACUUAUUAAAUAAUAACUCACAGAAGCUCUCUUACCACUCAGUAAACGACCAGUCUCGUAACUGCCUCUCCAACAGCCAUGCAUCCUCCACUGGCUUUGGCUUUGUUUUUUUGUGCCAGUUCCCUGAACUUGGUCCUUCCCUUAUGCAAUGGCCUAUGCUGUGAAACUGGUGUUACACGUAACUCUAGACAUGCACGCACAACUCUGAUUUGUCACACUGAUUAUGGCGUAUCUUAAAGAGACCUAGAGUGAGUCACAGAGGACCCCCAAAAUCAGAGCUCUCCUACCCGUGUCCCACAAUAUCCAGUCUCUCAUGUUGUUCUGUUCUUGGUUCCAGACACGUUUAAGUAUCACAUAACUUAAAUGAACAAAAGUUUUCCAAAUUGAAAGCAAAUACUCAAAUACUCUGUUAAGUCUAAAGCCCAACAACAAACUACACUGUUUACUUUAAAAACUGUAAAACAGAAAACAAGACAGAGGAAUGAGGAAGACAGAUACUGUAUAACCUCACUUAUAUGUGGAAUCUUAAAAACAACUAUUAAACAACAAUAAAACCAAAAUAGCAACUAAACUCACAGACCAAGAGAUCAAUUUGUGGUUACAGUUGGGGAUUGGAGGAAGGUGGUCAAAAGGUACAAACUUCCAGUUAUAAGGUAAGUACUAGGGAUAUAAUGCACAACAUGAUGACUAGGUGACACUGCUGUGUGAUAACAUGAAAAUUAAGAGUAAAUCCUGAGAGUUCUUCUCAUCACAAGGAAAAAAAAAUUUUUUUCUUUUUAUUGUGUCUAUAUAAGAUGAUGGAUGCUAGUAACUUAACACUGUGGUAAUCAUUUCACAGUCUAUGUAAGUCAAUCCAUUAUCCUGUCCACCUUAAUCUUAUACAAUGAUGUAUGUAAAUUAUAUCUCAAUAAAACGGAAA